UAUCACCAGUCUGAGACGCUCUGUAGUUACUAGUGAGGAUACUUUUACUGACUGGAGAGAUGGUAAGCCUGAUAUAUACUUUUAAAGUUGAAUAGUACAAAAACUUAAACAGAAUAACGUCUGCUUUAUGUUUUUGUUGAUUGAGGGUGGAUUUUUAGCAUGGAUUAGAAUAUAUUUUAUUUACAUUUUUUGAAUUAUUCGGUGUAAAAUUGAAGCCUUUUAUUUACUUUUUAUUUAUUGAAAAUGAUAUGAUGAGAAGUGUCUGAGAAUUAGAGCUGCAGCCAUUAGUUGAUUAAAUGGUGAAACGUUUUGGCAUACUUGCAGCUAAAGUUACAGCUCAUCAUCACUGUCUCAGCUUCUCCGACUAACCACCGGUCUGAACCUGUGUUCCCUGCAGUGUAGAACGAUGGCUACUCACAAGCCCAUCCUGAGCCCCCCGAGGACCGGCUCGGCCCGACGAAACCUGUUUGGCCCGGUGGACAGAGAGCAGCUGCAGGCGGACUACCAAGCCGCCCUGCAGAGGAGCCUGGAGGAGACUUGCCAUCGAUGGGGCUUUGACUUCCUCUCCGAUACGCCUCUGGAGAACAGUGACUUCCAGUGGGAGGCCAUCCCCGGGGCCACAGUGCCGCUGCUCUACAGAUCCUGUGUGCUGGGUCUGGGACACGCAGAAGGUGAGAGGGCGGCAGAGGCGGCGGUUCAGCCCGAGGACGGAGGAAGGGUCGCGCUGAAGGAGAACAUCCCAUGUUCACCAGAGAGAUGUGCACUCAACCAGGAGAAGCUGGAGAAAACACCAGGGGGAGGAGAGAACACGGGGCUGAAGAGGAAACAGACAAACAUCACAGAUUUCUAUCAGGCUAAAAGAAGAGUAGUUGGGAUGCCACGCAAAUCCGGCGAGUGAAGGUGCCAAUAUCCCAAGAGAAGCACACAAACAGUACUGCUCUCAGGAAGCCUUCUGUGCACAGACUCUGCACAGUCACUCCCCACGAGGUCUUGGACCCAGAGACUCAUCUAAGAGCACAAGGGACCUCAGCAAUACAUCAUUGUAAUAACUAUAAGGUUAAUUAGGGUUCUGUAUUUACUCUAAGGGGGGGGGUGCUUUACCCAGUGGUAAGAAGGGGACAUUUGAGCAGAGGAGAUUAACAGUAAUCUCUCAAAUCAGUGGAUUUAUACUCAUUUGGAUCAUGGGGAUGCCAAAGUGUUGACGGACAUUUCAUACUGUACAUUCCUGCUUUGUAGAGACUCUGUACCUGCAGCAGUGCGGAGGAAUGAUGGAUGAACGCAUUACUGUGCAUACUUGACACAGAUGCCAUGUUGGUUAUAAUCAUUACGGAGUGGCUGUGAUUGAAAAUGGUAGAGAGUGGGUGAAGCCCUUUGCCUCCUUUUGUUCAAAUCCACUUUUUUUUUUUUUUUAACAAUGUGAAUCAUGAGGGCUAGGAGUUAUUUUAUAUGUGUUAUACUUAAUAUAUUUAUACGUCUUUUUUUCUACCAUCGUGUAAUCAUAGGACAAUGUUUGAAGAGUUUUGAUAUGCUGUACAUGCAGUUGCUUUGCUUUAGAUUAUUAUUGACAGAAGUGCCAUCAUGUCUUUCAUUCAAAGGUCUCCAUGAGGACCCGGUCUGGGUUCUGACGUGUGUACAGCACCAGAUAUUGUAGGUUAGGAGCGUAUCAAUAUGUUUGGUACACUU